UCGACUUGGACACCAACCCUCAAGACUGCCUCCGUAUUAAAAAUAAAAUCACCAAAAAAAGAAAGCCCAGGAACAGAACAAACUAAAACGAUAAAUUUAAAAUCAAGAAAUUAAAGAAAUAAUUCAAAAUUAAAUGAAAAUAAAAUAGAUAAAUCACAAAACGGAAGUGCAGGUGUCGUGGUACGAUUGAAGAAUAAAGAUAUCACUGAUGAGUGAUAGUUGAUGAUAAUGGGAUUAACGGGGGGCCAAUUAAAUCGGCGAUAAUAAAAUAUCGAGUGAAAUUUGAAAUUAUCCCCUCCAGGAGGAUCAACUCCCCUUCCACCUUUGGAGCAAGUGUCUGGGCAUCGACGAUUCAGUGAAUUUAAAGAAUCCAGUGACAAAUGGAGACUAUCAUAACCAAUGAUCAAGUAAAAUGAUAACCCAGAGUAAAUUCUAUGCUCUAUUUAUCCACUACACAUUCGUGUAGUAUGAUUGGGGGCGGGUCCUUGUGGCUGCGGUGAAGGUGCUUUAUACUGGAUUUCUAAAUGGAUUUAGGGGUGACAAGGGGUGAUAGGGGGUGGAGUACAGAAUAAGUUGAGUGUUGAGUUGCUCAGUGAGGAUCAACUGUGUUUUUUUUUUUUUCAGAUUAAAAAAUGCAUUAGGGGAUGACAAAAGUGUUUGAAUCGUGUGAAUAAUGAAUAGUUCGUUAAAGGCCACGGGAUUAUGACUUCACCCGCCCCAUCAGUGCCUAUUCCUGUGUUAUUACCAUUUUUCUAAUUUUAUUUUACUGGUGUUACCUCGGGAUUAUGGGACUUGUGAUUAUCUGAGGAUUGACGGAUCGUAUUGACAGAGGUGUAGCUUCGAGGAAAACGGCUAUGAUAAUCAAGAUAGAGGAUUGAGAAUACUCAUCGCUUCAUGUAUACAUGAAAUUGGAAUUAACGAGAAAAUGUUCACCGGGGGGACAAGAAUGUCCCCCGGGGUAUUACAUGCAAAUGCCCUUUCUUAAUAAUUCGUGUCCCAGGCCGGACAUGAAAAAUCUUGGUACACGUUGGACUGGUACCAACAUACCACGCACUGCCGCAGCGCGUACAUUACUGAUCGUCGCUAUUUCACCAACCAAGAAUUACGGGUGUUACAAAUAUAAUCUUAAAUCAACAAUUAUAAAUGAUAAAAGAACAGAGGUGAAAAGACGGUGUGGUACGAGCGGCAAACACACACGUGACAAAGUAACGUGGACAAAAUUGGUGAUAAAGCCGCACUUAUCCGUCCGAUCCUACAGCAAUUAUUUGUACACACAGGCCCAUUCAAAAUUCAAGUAUCACAUUGACAGUGAUAUACGGUUAUAUCGAUUGAUAUCUACCAGCAAUCAUCAGCUAUUUUAUUGUAAAUCAUCUGGAAAACACAGACGUCAUUUCAGGAAGUGUUAGCACCUACCGCAAGGAAGGUGUGUUGAUUGCGCGCAGCGUAGACAAUGUCCGACGAUUAUUCCUCCUUAUCAGAAGAACGAAGUUUGUUCCGUCCGUUCACGCGGGAAUCCCUGGCUGCUAUCGAGACUCGCAUUGCUGAAGAACUUGCCAAGCAGAAGGAACUCGAAGCUAAAAGAGCACAAGGCGAGGGUGGUUAUGGACGGAAGAAAAAGAAAAAAGAAACCCGUUACGACGACGAAGAUGAGGAUGAGGGUCCACAGCCAGAUCCGAUGUUUGAACAAGGGGCGCCAAUUCCAGUCCGACUGCACAACGAAUUUCCCCCUGAGCUGGCCUCCACGCCCCUUGAAGACAUCGAUACAUUUUACCACAAUCAAAGGACGUUCGUGGUCAUCAGCAAAGGGAAGGACAUAUUCAGAUUCUCGGCGACGGAUGCGUUAUGGUUCCUCGAUCCAUUCAAUCCAAUACGACGGGUGGCCAUUUAUAUUCUGGUUCACCCGCUCUUUUCCCUAUUCAUCAUCACCACUAUUUUGGUUAACUGCAUACUCAUGAUUAUGCCCACAACGCCCACCAUCGAGUCAACUGAAGUGUUAUUUACGGGCAUCUACACAUUUGAGUCCGCCGUUAAGGUGAUGGCGAGGGGUUUCAUUCUGCAGCCUUUUACCUAUCUUAGAGAUGCAUGGAAUUGGCUCGACUUCGUAGUUAUAGCUUUAGCUUAUGUGACGAUGGGCAUAGAUCUAGGCAACCUUGCCGCUCUCAGGACAUUUCGAGUCCUCCGAGCCUUGAAGACUGUCGCUAUUGUACCAGGUCUGAAAACCAUUGUCGGCGCUGUGAUAGAGUCUGUUAAAAAUCUGCGCGAUGUGAUAAUCCUUACAAUGUUCUCCCUGUCCGUCUUUGCGUUGAUGGGCCUUCAGAUUUACAUGGGGGUAUUGACGCAAAAGUGUAUAAAGAAUUUUCCGGAGGACGGAUCGUGGGGCAAUCUUACUGGUGAGAAUUGGGAGAGAUUCAACAAGAAUUCGACAAAUUGGUACGUCGAUGACAACGGAAAUAUGCCAUUAUGUGGGAAUUCAUCUGGUGCUGGAAUGUGUGCGCCCGGUUACGUGUGUCUGCAAGGCUACGGUGGCAAUCCAAACUACGGCUACACGAGCUUCGACACAUUCGGCUGGGCCCUGCUGUCCGCCUUUCGUCUGAUGACACAAGAUUACUGGGAGAAUCUCUACCAACUCGUAUUAAGAUCAGCUGGACCAUGGCACAUGCUGUUCUUCAUUGUUAUAAUUUUCCUCGGUUCAUUCUACCUCGUCAACUUAAUUCUCGCUAUUGUCGCCAUGUCGUACGACGAGUUGCAGAAGAAGGCAGAAGAGGAGGAAGCAGCUGAGGAGGAAGCCAUAAGAGAAGCCGAGGAGGCAGCACUUGCUCGAGAGAAUAAAAUCGCGGCGCAGGCUGCCGCAAGGGAAGCUGCUGCUGCACAAGCAGCUGCUGAUGCCAUUGUCAAGUCACCGUCUGACUUCUCGUGUCACAGUUAUGAGCUGUUUGUUGGCCAGGAGAAAGGCAACGACGACAACAACAAGGAGAGAAUGAGCAUUCGAUCUGUUGAAUCCAUCAGCGAGUAUCGUGUUAGGCCCAUCAACAACAACCACAGCGCCGCAGCCAAAGUUCGUAAAGUCAGCGCUGUCUCUCGCGCCCCUAACGGCCAGUUAACUUGUGCCUACCGGGAAAAUCUGAGGAAGGCAAGCCUUAGCCUGCCAGGCUCACCAUUCAAUCCACGAAGGGGCAGUCGUGGUAGUCAUCAAUUCACACUUCGCAAUGGACGGGGUAGAUUCGUUGGUUCGUCCGGUGGUGAUAGAAGACCACUAGUACUAUCUACUUAUCUUGAUGCCCAGGAGCACUUGCCUUAUGCUGACGAUUCAAAUGCUGUUACACCAAUGUCAGAGGAGAAUGGAACGAUUGUUAUACCCGUUCAUUAUCCAAGUCUUGGUUCCCGUCAUUCGUCCUACACGUCGCAUGCCUCAAGAUUAUCAUAUACGUCCCAUGGCGAUCUGUUGAGCGGUAUCGCCAAUGCUGGUAAACAAAUGACCAAGGAGAGCAGACUACGAAGUAGAUCUAGACAGGCCAAUGGUCAAACACCUGAGCCCAUGCAGAAUCAGAAAUUGCAGCAUCAUCACGAUAUCGAUAUGGAAGAUCCAUUGGGUAAGAACAAACAGCAAGACAACCCAUUUAUCGAGUCUUCACAGCCACACGCCGUUGUCGACAUGAAAGAUGUUAUGGUCUUGAAUGAUAUUAUUGAACAAGCCGCUGGGCGGCAGAGCAGAGCAUCUGAUCAAGGAGUUUCAACUUAUUACUUUCCGACAGACGACGACGAAGAAGGUCCAACAAUGAAGGAGAAAUUGAUAUCAGGAUUUUUACAAGGGAUCGAUAUGUUUUGUGACUGGAAAUGCUGUGGUCCGUGGAUAAAAUUUCAGGAUUUCGUCGCUAUGAUAGUCUUCGAUCCAUUCGUAGAAUUAUUUAUAACACUCUGCAUCGUAGUUAAUACACUGUUCAUGGCACUCGAUCAUCACAACAUGGAUCCGGAGAUGGACAGAAUUCUAAAAUCGGGAAAUUACUUUUUUACUGCAACAUUUGGAAUCGAGGCAGCCAUGAAACUGAUAGCCAUGAGUCCAAAAUUUUAUUUCCAAGAGGGAUGGAACAUCUUCGAUUUUAUCAUCGUUGCCCUCUCCCUCCUGGAGUUGGGCCUCGAGGGAGUUCAAGGACUAUCCGUGCUGCGUUCAUUCAGAUUGUUGCGAGUGUUCAAAUUAGCUAAAUCAUGGCCAACGCUUAAUCUGCUGAUAUCAAUAAUGGGAAGAACAGUUGGUGCAUUGGGAAAUCUAACAUUCGUACUGUGCAUCAUUAUAUUCAUAUUCGCUGUCAUGGGUAUGCAGCUGUUCGGUAAAAAUUACACGGACAAUGUACAUCUGUUUCCGGAUGGUGAUCUGCCUAGAUGGAAUUUCACCGAUUUUAUGCACUCGUUUAUGAUCGUAUUCCGUGUGCUGUGCGGUGAGUGGAUCGAGUCAAUGUGGGAUUGUAUGCUGGUUGGUGAUGUCUCCUGUAUUCCAUUCUUUCUGGCAACAGUUGUCAUCGGAAAUUUGGUCGUCCUCAAUCUCUUCUUGGCGUUGCUCUUGAGCAACUUCGGUUCAUCGAAUCUGUCAGCACCAACGGCUGACAAUGACACGAAUAAAAUAACCGAGGCAAUUGACAGGAUAGCACGUUUUAUAGCAUGGGUCAAACGUAACGUACGGAAUGUCUUGAAAAUGAUGCGAGCCAAACUCACCAAUCAGAUAUCAGAUCAGGCGCCAGUUGUCCUAUAUUAUUUUUCUACCAUGAAAUAUGGUGACCCGGAUGGGUUAGAGAUCAUGUGUAAAUGCGCAGAUGGAAUUGAUCGGGACGGCAGUCGAGAUCUGGCUGACGGCGAGCUCGAUGGAUACAGAGAUAAGAAAAGUGCUAAAGAGUUUAAUAAUCAGUUGGAAGUUGCCAUUGGAGAUGGAAUGGAGUUUACAAUCCACGGAGAUCUGAGAAAUAAAUUGAAGAGGGACAGAUUGAGCAUUAAUAACACGAAAGCCAUCGUUAACUCGAUUAAUCAUCGGGAUUAUCGACUCGAUCAUGACUACAUCACUCAUCACGAUGAGGAUACAAUCAGCAAUAAAUCGUACGGCAGCCACGAGAAUCGGUUCAACAGUGAGAGAAGUCACAAGGGGAGUAUCGAUUCUCUCGAUGGAGAGGAGAAAAAAGACGCCAGCAAGGAAGACCUCGAAGGAGAUGAUCUGGAAGAUGAUGGAGAAAAUGGCGAGGACGAGGAACUGGAGGAAGAGGGGGACAUUGUCAUUCAAGCUGACGAGGAUAUUAUCGAGGGCGAUGGAGAUUAUCCCCACGACUGCUGUCCUGACCACUGCUACAAGAGAUUUCCGUUUCUCGCUGGUGACGACGAUGCACCCUUCUGGCAGGGCUGGGCUAAUCUUCGUCUCAAGACAUUUCAGCUCAUUGAGAACAAGUACUUCGAGACUGCUGUUAUCACCAUGAUUUUACUGAGCAGUAUGGCGCUGGCACUCGAGGAUGUUCACCUCCAGCAGAGACCAAUUCUCCAAGACAUUCUGUACUACAUGGACCGUAUAUUCACUGUCAUAUUCUUCCUGGAGAUGUUGAUAAAGUGGCUGGCACUCGGUUUCGCCAAGUACUUCACCAACGCCUGGUGCUGGCUCGAUUUUAUCAUCGUAAUGCUAUCGCUGAUCAACUUGGGGGCGAUCUGGGCAGGUGCUGCUGACAUCCCGGCGUUCCGUUCAAUGCGAACAUUGAGGGCAUUGAGGCCCUUGCGAGCUGUCUCCCGAUGGGAGGGCAUGAGAGUGGUGGUGAAUGCUCUGGUCCAGGCAAUCCCGUCCAUCUUCAAUGUACUACUGGUAUGCCUGAUUUUCUGGCUGAUCUUCGCGAUCAUGGGAGUCCAGCUGUUCGCUGGAAAGUACUACAAGUGCGUCGAUAUGAACAAGACAACUCUCAGUCAUGAAAUCAUUCCUGACCGGAAUGCAUGCAUCGCUGAGAACUACACGUGGGAAAAUUCACCGAUGAAUUUCGAUCAUGUUGGAAAGGCUUACCUGUGUCUCUUUCAAGUCGCCACCUUCAAGGGAUGGAUCCAGAUAAUGAACGAUGCAAUUGACUCCAGAGACCUUGGAAAACAACCGAUUCGCGAGACAAACAUUUACAUGUACCUCUACUUUGUAUUCUUCAUUAUAUUCGGAUCAUUUUUCACUCUCAAUCUGUUUAUCGGAGUUAUCAUCGACAAUUUCAAUGAGCAAAAGAAGAAAGCCGGUGGCUCACUCGAGAUGUUCAUGACUGAGGAUCAGAAGAAAUACUACAAUGCUAUGAAAAAAAUGGGGAGUAAGAAGCCUCUGAAGGCCAUCCCACGUCCAAGGUGGAGGCCCCAAGCAAUCGUCUUUGAAAUAGUGACGGACAAAAAGUUCGAUAUGAUAAUCAUGUUGUUCAUCGGUCUCAACAUGCUGACAAUGACACUAGAUCAUUACCAACAGACAGACACAUUCAGCAAUGUUCUGGAUUACUUGAACAUGAUAUUCAUUGUGAUAUUCACCAGCGAGUGCUUGAUGAAGAUAUUUGCCCUGCGCUACCACUACUUCAAGGAGCCCUGGAAUCUCUUUGAUUUUGUUGUUGUUAUAUUGUCAAUAUUAGGAUUGGUGCUGAGUGACAUUAUUGAAAAGUACUUUGUAUCACCGACACUGCUGCGAGUGGUGAGAGUGGCCAAAGUGGGUCGUGUGUUGCGUCUUGUUAAGGGUGCAAAGGGCAUAAGAACACUUCUAUUUGCCCUCGCCAUGUCUCUGCCAGCUCUAUUCAACAUUUGCCUCCUGCUUUUCCUCGUUAUGUUUAUAUUCGCCAUAUUUGGCAUGUCAUUCUUCAUGCACGUUAAAGAUAAAAGUGGUCUCGAUGACGUUUACAAUUUUAAAACUUUUGGACAGUCGAUGAUACUCCUGUUCCAAAUGUCAACAUCAGCCGGUUGGGACGGCGUGCUCGAUGGUAUAAUAAACGAAGAGGACUGCCUCCAGCCGAACAAUGAAAUCGGCUAUCCCGGCAAUUGUGGCUCCUCAACUAUUGGAAUUGCAUACCUGCUAUCGUAUCUCGUCAUCAGCUUCCUAAUCGUCAUCAACAUGUAUAUCGCAGUGAUAUUAGAGAAUUAUUCACAAGCGACCGAAGAUGUGCAGGAGGGAUUGACCGAUGAUGACUACGAUAUGUACUAUGAAAUAUGGCAGCAAUUCGAUCCAGAUGGUACACAAUACAUUAGAUACGACCAGCUCUCCGAUUUCUUGGAUGUACUUGAGCCACCCUUGCAAAUACACAAGCCGAACAAGUACAAGAUCGUGUCGAUGGAUAUCCCCAUAUGUAAGGGUGAUCUUAUGUUUUGCGUGGAUAUCCUCGAUGCCCUCACUAAAGACUUUUUCGCAAGAAAGGGUAAUCCAAUUGAGGAAACUGGAGAGUUGGCCGAGGUACAGACGAGACCUGGUGAAGUUGGUUAUGAGCCAGUAUCAUCGACACUUUGGCGUCAGCGCGAGGAGUACUGUGCGCGUCUCAUUCAAAAUGCCUGGCGUAAGCACAAGCAGAAUCGUCUUGGUGGUCCUAGCGAGGAGAGCGAUGAUCCUGACACCGAUCCAAGGGUCAGGCAAACAGCUGUACUCGUCGAGAGUGACGGUUUUAUAACUAAAAAUGGACACCGAGUUGUCAUACACAGCCGUUCACCAAGUGUUACAUCGCGCACCGCGGACGUCUGAUCUCAGCUCGAAACUCCAACGACGAAUCAUUUUAAAAGGUAAACUUCAUUAAACUAUGGAGUUAUCGAUAAUUCAUCACUUGGAACUGCAGCCGUUUAUUAAAGAGAAUAAUAAUUAAUUAUAAUGAAUUACAAAAUGAGAUAAUACCAGAUGCCACCCAGUCCUCUUUAACCACCCACCCCCAACGGAUUUAUCACCGCGCUCUUCUCUCAUUCGCCACCAUGACUUUGCUAAAAAAAUCCUUCAAGACAAAUGAAUAUAUCGUGUGCUAUUUAACUAAUCAACAGCCUUAUAGUUUUGUAAAACGAUAUUUGAGAAUGAUACAGACGAGAAUGAAGAAUAACAUCGUUAAUCAUAAAUUCCUCCAACGAGUUGCCUUUUUCAAAUCGGACUGCACCAUUUUAAUAUUAAUGAACUAACUAAACAACAUUUAAUGAUAAUGAUGAAACGUCGUUGGGAUAGUUUCGAUCGAAAUUAUGAUGAUUAAAUAACCAAAGACUCUAUUGAGAUUCGUCCAUUUAAUUAUUUCAUUGAUAAAUCAAUAAAAUUAAUGAGAAUAAAUCGAGCACGCCUCGACGCCGGCCCGCGGUUUGUCCACUGAUAUUAAUAAUUUAAUGACUCUCAAUGAUUAUCCCACCCCCUUCCCAUCCUCGCUUGCUUAAAACGCUCUUAACACCCUUACGAUUCCCAAUCCCAUUUUUAUCUAAGUCAAAAAAAAAUGGAAAACAUUCGAUAAUUAAUUAUCUCGGUGAUAAAA